AUGACAUCCAUGGGAGUCCUGCGCGACAACCGGGCGUUCAUAAGAACCUACCAGAUGCAAUACACCUCGCCGUUGCACCCUCAUGCCUCACGUCUCGACUACGACGGCCACGAAAUGCCCACCAUCGGUGUAGCCGCUGCGCCCGACUUCCCGCCGCCCGAUUCACAUGUCGUCAACUUUCUCUUGGCCCCAGACCUAGUAGGCAACGCACUGGGCUGGUUUCUCUAUGGACUUCUCGUACUGCAAACAUAUCACUAUCGCAAACGUUCUCGACGCGACCAUCCGGGUAUUAGGCUGACAGUAUGGGGUUUAUUCGUACUAGAAACUGCGUUGACCGUGAUCACCACACGCGUUACGUAUAACCUGUUAUGCAAUGGAUGGGGUGAUCCCAAUGCGCUCAUGCGACUCACGAGAGUAGACGCGUUCAUCCCGGUCACCUCGGCUUUGGUAUCAGGGUGGGUUCAGGCAUUCUAUGCGUGGCGCAUCUACGAAUUGAGCCAUCAUGCCCGACCAUGGAACUGGGCUUCAGGCGUGGUCAUCUUGUUCAUGUUGACUUCAAGCACGGCGGGUUUCUACUCUGGACUCAGGACUAUCAACUUCACCAGUGUAUCCGCUUUGAGCGAGAUCCAACCGGCGUUGAUGGUGUGGCUGAUUGCCUCUGCGCUCUGCGACACUCUCAUUGCUUCGAGCAUGAUCUGUAUACUACAUCGCAUGCGUCGACUCGUAGCAACAGUGGAAGACUUCGAAAGCUACGAGGGAUCUUUGGAGGGACGGUUGAGAAGUAUCAUCGUCAUGUCCUUGGAGACAUGCCUUCUCACAACGACUCUAACUGUCGCCAUGCUGAUACUCUUCAUUGUCAUCCCCGAGAGUCGGCUUCCGACGAUGAUGGGCUUCAUCGUCUCAAAGCUAUACUCUAAUAGCUUUCUCGUCUCUCUAAACUCGAGAAAGCAAGUCGUUUCGGGCGCCUCCGAGCAAAGAAGCGCAACUUUCCAGUUGGAGACCUUCGCUGCUGCCUCGAGUCAUGGCGAAACGACAGUGGUGUCUUCGUAUCCGGUCACUCCCGUGACAGUAGAGAUUGACGUAUCCGAAAGCCGGGGGCGUCGAAGACGGGCGGAAGAUGAGAAAGUAGCUUUGUAG